AUGACAAAUUACACUGUGUUAACAACCUUCAUCUUGGUGGGACUGACAGAUGACCCAGAUCUUCAGAUUCUGCUUUUUAUCUUUCUGUUGCUCACCUAUCUGCUGAGUGUGAUUGGGAACCUCACCAUCAUCACCCUCACCUUUGUAGAUUCCCGCCUUAAAACCCCUAUGUACUUCUUUCUCCGGAAUUUCUCCUUUUUAGAAGUCUCUUUUACCACUGUCUGUAUCCCCAGAUACCUGUACACCCUUGCCACUGGGGACAACACAGUGACCUAUAAUCCUUGUGCCACUCAGUUAUUUUUUGUUAUCGUGCUGGGUGUGACCGAGUUUUUUCUCCUGACUGCCAUGUCCUAUGACCGCUACGUGGCCAUCUGCAAACCCCUGCAUUACACCACCAUCAUGAGCAGCACAGUCUGCAUCAGGUUCCUUCUUGGCUGCUACGUGAUUGCUCUGAUCAUCGUCCUCCCGCCCUAUGUAAUGGGCUUGGACCUCGAGUUUUGUGACUCGAAUGUCAUCGAUCACUUUGGCUGUGAUGCUGCUCCCAUCCUGAAGAUUACCUGCUCAGACACAGCCUUCAUAGAGCGAUUUGUCUUGGUCCUGGCUGUGCUGACCCUCCUGUUCACCUUGGUGUGUGUAAUUCUGUCCUACACCUACAUCAUCAGGACCAUUCUCAGAUUUCCUUCUGCCCAGCAAAGGAAAAAGGCUUUUUCUACCUGUUCUUCCCAUGUAAUUGUGGUUUCUAUCACUUAUGGAAGCUGCAUUUUCAUCUAUAUCAAACCACACGCAAAAGAAGGGGUUGCCAUGAAUAAGAUGGUGUCAGUAUUGACAACGUCAGUUGCCCCCGUAAUGAAUCCCUUCAUUUAUACUCUGAGGAACAAGCAAGUGGUACAAGCUUUCAAAGACAUGAUCAAAAGGGUUGCAGCUAUUUCAAAAAACUAA